AAAACGAAUCCAGCAAUGAUAACAAGCACCAAAAAUUAUACUUAAAAAAAAAAAAAAGCAGACAGAACCCUAGGACAAAUGAUAAAAGCAAAGCUAUACAGACAAAAUCACACAAAGAAGCAUAUACAUACAUACUCACAAAAAGAGAAAAAGGAAAAAAUAUAUAAUGUUGCUCCCAAAGUCCACCACCUCAAUUUUGGGAUAAUUCAUUUUCUAUUCAGGUAUUCCACAGAUGCAGGGUACAAGUUGAUUGUGGAGAUUUAAUCUGCAGCUCCUGAGGCUGCUGGGAGAGAUUUUCGUUUCUCUUCUUUGUUCACACAUCUCCUGGGGUUCAGCUUUGGAUGUGGCCCCGCCACUGCAUGUAGGUCGCCUGAGGGCGUCUGUUCCUCGCUCAGACAGGACGGGGUUAAAGUGCAGCUGAUUAAGGGGCUCUGGCUCACUCAGGCCGGGGAGAGGGAGGGGUAUGGAAUGCAGGGAGAGCCUGCUGUGGCAGAGGCCAGCAUUAUAUUGCAACAGCCUGAGGCAUGCCCUGUGUUGUCCCGGGAAAUUCGUCCCUGGUUCACGGGACCCUGGUAGUGGCAGGCUGCACAGGCUCCCAGGAGGGGAGGUGUGGAUAGUUACCUGUGCUUGCACAUAGGCUUUUUGGUGGCUGCAGCAGCAGUCUUAACAUCUCAUGCCCAUCUCUGGUGUCCGCGCUGAUAGCCGCGGUUCACGCCCGUCUCUGAAGCUCGUUUAGGCGGUGCUCUGAAUCCCCUCUCCUCGCGCACCCUGAAACAAUGGUCUCUUGCCUCUUAGGCAGGUCCAGACUUUUUCCCAGACUCCCUCCCAGCUAGCUGUGGCACACGAGCCCCCUUCAGGCUGUGUUCACGCUGACAACCCCAGUCGCUUCCCUGGGGUCUGACCUCCGAAACCCGAGCUUCAGCUCCCAGCCCCCAACCGUCCCGGCCAGCAGGACUUUUGCAUGGCUUGGAAACAGGAAUCAGAAUUUACAAAGAGAGAUAGAGCUGCCAGAGUCAUUCAGAAGGCCUGGAAAAGUUUCCUUAAUGUCGCUGUAUUCCAACACUUUAAACGUUUGAUUAAUAUAAGAAGACAAGGGGAGCCACGUCAGAUACUGAAAUACAUUAAUCCUAAAGAGGCAGAACUUCUAGAUGCUGCUGCUGGCAUUAAUGUACGAUUCAGAUUAGGUGGUGUUAAAUUUCCACCUGAAAUAUACUAUAAAAUUUUCACUCACAGACAUAUUGAAGAUCUGUGUGCUAAUAGCCCUAGAGAUUACACAAAACUUCCAGCAAAACAUACAUCUCAUAUUAAAAGUGAUAAUCUUCAGGAAGAGGAUUAUAGUGGCUGGUAUCGUCGUACAGAGAACAAUGGCUGGAGGCCUGUUUCUGAUAAAUUUUGGAAGUCUACUGAAAAUGUAAUGGUGGGAGACAAAAAGGAAAGUGAAUUCCAUUUCUCUAAAUUAAAGAGAAGGCAAGAUAUAGAAAAGAAAAGAAAAAUUAGAAAAAUAGAAUGGAUGCAGCAAAUGUACUACACAGGAAACCUGGAGGGUAAGUCAACAAAUCAUGAAACUCUAGGUUUAAUUCACACAGCAACAAAAGGGCUAAUAAGAGCUAUCGAAGAUGGUGGAAUAGAUUCUGUGAUGGAAUGGGAAGUGGAUGAAGUGCUGAACUGGACAAACACACUCAACUUUGAUGAGUACAUUGCCAACUGGAAGGAAAUUGCUACAAGCAACUCUUCAGCUAACUUCAAAAGUUUCAGGUUUGAGCAAGCACAGAAAAAAAAAUAUGACUAUAAAGAUAUAUUGGAAGAGGAAAUGGGAACACAAGAAGUUACUUCAUUUGACAAUAUUUAUGAAGGACCAACUUUUACUAGACUAAGGCCUGAUUCCACUUAUGGAAUAUAAUUAUAACUAUAUAAAAAUAUAAAAAUAUAAAAUUAUAAACUAUAAUUUCUUUUCUGAGCUUUAACCCUUCAAGCCCUGAUUCCAUCAGAGAUAGUUUAUUCUGGCUGGAAUGACUUGUAUAUUCUUGGCACAGAAUCUAGGCCAAUUAAAAGUAAGGAGGAUUAAACAGAAAUAGAACAUCAGACUGAAUACAGUAGCCAUGGAAAAUGUAGAAAUUAUUCCCGGUAUUCUGUGAAACUGUAGUAUUCUAACAAUCAUACUUAAAUAAAAAUAUUAUACUUAGGUGCAAAAAAAACCCUCAGUCUGAUUGUUUUUCUUCUUUAUUUGAAGCAUUCUUUAUUUGUGCAUUUCUAUCAGGCAGAGCCCUUUCUCCAUUAAAAAAAGAAAAAGGGCAGUGUAGCAAGUUCUCCUUUUAUUAGAAUGCAAAAGCCUUACUAGAAUCCCUGGUGCCAUUCAGCUUAGGCAUCUUUGAACAAAACUGGGUUACAGGGGCACCAUUAGCUAAAGGAGCCAGAAAAGCAAAAAUCUCUCUCUUAGCUUCCACAGUGGGAAGAAUAGAAAACUGGAGAUGACUGUUAGGUCAAGGAACAAAGCCUACCAUACCCUCCAAGUCUGAAUUACUGUACCUUCCCAUAAAAACCCUCUACUACUAACCAUCAUCACACUUAUCACACUGUAACUGUCUACAAUCCUAACAGACCAGAGGCUUAUACUCCCAAGCAUAAAAAAUUCAGCAGAGACCUAAUGUAUAUUUAAGAAAAAAAAUCAGAUUUAUUCAUAUAAUUUACAUAUACAUUCACCUAUUGUAAGUACUCAGUUUGACAAAUAUAUAUAUAUAUAUAUAUAUAUAUAUAUAUAUAUAUAUAUAGUUAUGCAGUUUUCACCACAAUCAAGGUAUCAUGCAU